AUGGCCUCCAACACCCGGAUACCAAAGAGGGCUAGAUCUGAACUUAUGGAAUUUAUUCGACUUGAUUCUCCUGAUGCCAAAGAGAUAUUGAGAGAGUCUCAGCGAACGAAUCUAAUUGAGAAAAACACAGAGAGGAUAUUCCGUACGAUCUCUAUGUGUUUAGUCCGGAACACCAACCUGGUCAGGAGAUACGAGAGAAGAAGGAAGAGUCUCAGAGACCAGGGUAGAAAACCAAAGGAAUUGGAAGAUAGACUUCUAUUUGCUGAAGAAUCUUGGCCAGAGAUUCAGAAGGUGUGCAGAUUGGGACCAAAUUGUGAAAAGACACGAAAUGUUCUAGGCGACAGUCAGUUCGGUCUUCACCUCAACAGAAACUAUGACAUCCUUUUGAGGUACACGGCGUGUACGAAAGCUGAAGGGAUCAGGUUCUUACUGGUCUUUAAGGCUAUGUUCGGAAAAGUGAAAUCUGUCACACCAAAUCUAACUGAUCAGUAUCAGCGCAGCAUCGAACCAACUCCAAACUACGAUACACACAUCUCCGUCAUUAAACCAGACGCCGAUAUGGGAAUAUGUGAUGCACAAGACCACAACUUAGCGUACCUGUAUGAAUAUGACGAGGAGACGACACUGCCAAGCAUGUCGCCAUCGCAAAUACUGCCUUUUGCUGUAAUUAGCCUUCAACGAACAGAAGAGAAAAUCAUUGGUCCUCUGCGGACACCGUGGUCAAAGUUGAGGAAAAAAAGACAGUUGUCUUCUUUCAAUCAUACUUUUAAACAACAAUUGAGCGAGGAAGCACACACUACACCUAUUUCAAACAUAGGCGUUUCCCUAAAUACUGAUUUGUCAUCAACUGCACCGAAGGGAAAAGUUGCCGACAUUUCAGUAGACAACAUUAACGCCUGUUCCAAACGAGAAAUAACAAAUUCAAACUCGUUGGAUAACGUUAGUACAUUGGCAUCUAACAAAAACGCCAAACGGAAAUCACCAAAAUCAUCCCGUGGGUCUACACAGCGAUCAGUCAUGAAAGUAUCUGGGGAUCGGCCCAAAUCAGUAGAGCAAGAAAAGACGGAUAAAGGUCCAUUAUAUGCAGAUGUGGAUUGUGCGCAACAGGAUGAAUCAGAUUUACAAUACACGGAAUAUUUCUGUGAUCCACCCCUUGAACAGAAGUCCUCGGAUGACACAAAUAUGUAUCUGGAAAUUGAAAAUUCGUCUCCCACCCAGCAUGCUUCUCCCCCUCCUACAGAACCUUCAUCAGAUAAGUCGCUUAUUAUUCAUCGAUUAAAAGAAUUAGAACAAGAGAUUCAGACGAAACAAAGAAAACUUCACGAGCUCAGACAAAGUCGACAUUUAUCGGCGAGGUCUAGAGAUUCUAUAACAUCAGAUGAGGACCUAUCAGUAGAGGAUUUCGUUACCGAGCAAAUCGCAAUGGCAUCAAAAAUGAUGGAGCUAAGUGAGGAGAGUGAACAGCCAUUAGACCUUAGCAAAGCUAGCACUAUUCAAUUUGAUAAUAAAUUUAAAGAUGAGAGUGUAUCGACAACUGACAGGAAUGUCUCUAUUUUUACUCUAGAUGAAAGACUACAACAAAAUGCACAUAUUGAUGGAAACCAUGAAAACGAAGAAAUGUUGAACAUACAGUCAAAUAACGACUGUUCAGGAAUUACGUUAGCGGGCAAUAUAAACAAAUUGCAUCUGAAAAUUAACGUCGAUUCAGAUCAGAAUAAUUGUGGUGAACUGAAUCAUGACAUCCCUACACCAACACUGGACGAGCCGCAAGACAUGUGUUGGAUAGAUACUGCUCAAACGGUCGUAGUUUCAGCAGGUCCUCUGAAUAAAUGUCGAAACAACUGGGAUACCAGGGGAUCUACUGUAGGAAAAGAAACUGAUACAGAAGUAAGGAGGGAAAUAAAACGUAAUGAUUCAGUUGAUAGCACAAGCAGGUCUCAAACAGAUGUAAGCAUGCCAUCUUCUUCAAAGAAGUGCUCAGAUUUCUAUGAAAAUUAUAUAAAGAAAAAGAAGCGAACUAUGGCCGAUCAUUUCAAACCAAAAGAAAUAUCAAAUGUAUCGGCAGGUGCUCUCCAACAUUCAGACCAAUGUAAUAUGAUUGUGAUGGGACUUGGAGAUACUGAAAAUUCGCAUUGGCACCAUACGUCAGCUGUCAAACCAAAUGUGUCAGAAACGGUUGAUCAACAACCAAUGGAGGAAAAUGAGCAAUCAACCAACAAUGUUUCUCCACAGGCGGAGCUUUGUUAUUAUAACAACAACUGUAAGGUUCUUAACUGGAGAGAUCCAAUACUUAAUAAAGUUGCAACAUUGGAGAGUGAAUCCACGAAUAGUAACAAGUUUGUACCUCAAGCAAAUGGUGAAGACACAACACAGUCAAGCAAGGUAGAUAUUGAAUGUAUUGCAGAAGAAUGCUAUGAAGAUGGUCAUAAAAAACAUGAAGACAUACCUGAUCAUGCAGGCCCAAUACAAUAUGAGUCAGAUAAGGUAAAAUGCUCGAAAAUACAACGUGAUUCUGACAUUGAAGAUAAGCAUUCUGUUCUGGCUUCUCCGGUAUGUGAUAAUAACACAUCUCCGUCGUGUGACGAAACAUCUGAGAAUGUUUUGAAUGAGAUGCAAGUCGACCCAGAAUCGAACAAUUGUCAGUCAAAUGCUAGGCACAAUGUAGAUAAAACUUUAUCUACAGAUGUUAAAAAAGCCUUGCAGGACCUCGGAGAUGCAAUCAAGGAGAUUCAGAAAAAAGUCAUAGAAACUGACGAUAGCAAGAGUUCAUCGAUCAUCAGCUCUCCGAUUGAGGUGGAAGUGGAGAUGGACACAUCAUUGAACACAAUGUUUAUUCAAGAAAAUCAAGGUCAGCAAGCAAUUUCUACAAUUGUAACCGAUCGCUUAGUUCGUCAAAACAGAGAUAACGCUACCACAAAAGUACCUACAGUGAUAGAAGUCAGUUGUGUGAACAUGCAGAAGGAUGUCUCGGAAAACGGAGCAAUGGAUACAGAUUUAAGAAAUGAAUGCACUUCAAUGUUAGACGUCAAUGACGCAGUCAUAACGCCUAUGAAAAGUGUUGAUAGCAAUACCAAGUCUGAAAACCUUGAAGAUAAUCGGCCCAUACAGUUUGAACUUAAGGCAAAAGACAAGGUUGAGGACUUAAAUUGCGAUGAUUUCACACCGAAAAACCAAGGUUUCUCGUCUUUUUUGCAAGAUGCAGGUUGUCAAUCUGGUUUUGAAGCACUCUCUAAGGUCAUUUUUCGUGAUGGUGAAGCUAUCAGAGGUAAAAAUCAGCAGAAAGCAGAUAAUCCUCCAAUUGUAGUGAAAACGGAAGCUCCAGAUUCGUAUUUUGACGAGAAAUCAAUGCAAAUGGAUAGCAUAGAGGAUGACUCAGUGCGGAAAGUAUAUAUCACAAAUGCUUCUCGGGAAAAGGAAAGAACCGCACAUACAAUAUCAAACGAAUUCAUCUUAAGUCAAGAAAUUGAAAAGACAUUAAGUGAAAUAAAAAAUGAUACAAACAUUUCACACCAAUUAUAUUCACCUGAAAAUAGCAGUUUUCAGGAAAAAGAGGCCAAAACUAUCAAACUUGAAAAUAUUCAAUUAUCACCAUCUCAUCGACCACGCAGCAGUGGCAGGAGCAGAAGUCGGAGCAAAAGUACAACUGUUUCGAUAGCUUCUGAUUUACAGAGGAAAUCACAUUACCGGCCACGCGAAGUGUCCCCAAUUCGGGAUCCUUCAUUUGUCCCAUUCCAUGAAAAAGGUAAAAUCCUCAAAAAAUAUUUCAAAAACAAACGAAAACGAUUUGGAUUGAAAUGGGUUGGUAGAAAGCGAUCACCAAGCGGCUUUAGGGUCCGCGCUGUUCACAAAGCUAAACUAACAUUAUACAAAAACUUUGUCUCACAAGGACCAUCAGUGAAAAAACGGACGGAUACAAGACGAGUCGUAAAAGUAGAAAAGAGAGAUUCUGAUGCCAAUGAUCGAAACUCAUGGAAAUCAAAAUAUUCCCAUAAAAAAGCUUUUUUCAGGAAUUCCAGCAAAGACGUUGCUGAAUCUAAGUUCCAAGAAAGAGGACUGCGUUCUUGCACAAACAGACAGACGGUAAGACCCUGGCAUAGAACUGGAACAAUUCCGGACAAUUUGAUCAUAGAUAGGCAUGGUAUGAUCAUUUCCACGACGUCGCAAAGCAAUCGGUCCGAGUCACGAUUUCGUAAUAACUCAAGGUUUGGCAGAAGAGUGUGCGAUGAAUCGGUCUUAAACAAACAUCAAAGUACCAGAAGGAGUUUCCUGGAGCACAGUGAAAGUACAAAUCGUAGUGAUCUUCCAAGUUCUGAAGCUACGUUAUCAAAAGCAAUGACCUCUCUGCUCAAAAGGGUCUUAUUUGAUGGACCAAGAAAUGACGGAAGUACUGAAGACAAAAUGGCAGAUAUGAUAUUCGAAAUGAUGAAAAGGGUUACUAGAAAAGAUAAUGAACAAUCAUCAACGCUUGGCAUUGAUCAUAUAAGCCGCGAGGAGACACGAGGAUUUGAGGAAUUGCCUGUAGACUAUUAUCCAGAACUCUCGUCGGCUGUUCGAUCUGAUCGGUCGAGAGAUCGAUCGAGGAGCAAAGAAAGCUACUCGGGCAAUUGGGAACGCAGAGAGGUAUAUAUUGACAGUAAGUCGUCGAUCAGCUGUGAUAGCCGGGGCUAUACUGACCAUAGACGUAGUUAUAUGCAAACAAGUGAUGAACGGAAGAAUCACGAAGAACGGUAUUACAACAGGACUGAAAAUUGGUACGAUAGGACCGACAGAAAUGAGAAUCCACGUUUCGGGGACAGGUUCGAUGACCGCGGAUGGGAUAGGGGUCGUGAAAGAUGGGAUAACACAACGGAUAACUUCAAUACAUUCAGCCGAAGUAAUUUAAGUGAAAGUCAUGACAAGCGACCAUUUCAAAGGGAUGACGGAAGAUACUCGUCUAGAUCAUUUAACUUAAAUGCAUCUCAUUUAAGGACGGGAAAGGAUUUUUCAUCUGGAAAAGGUUUCCGCAAUUCAGAUUUUCACAACCAAUCCUAUAGUAGAAAGUUUGAAAAAUAUGCAUCUGAAAGAAAGUAUCAUCAUAGAAACCGGAACAGAAAGAGUAGCAGAAAUGCUAAAGAAAUGCUUUGA